AACUUUGAUGUGUUUCUGGCCAUGAACGAUCGCGAAAACGAGAUAACAAAUCAUCAUGUCGAAGCGAAACGGUAGUACAGCGACGCAAGAGUAUGAGGGGAGUGUGCCUCCGCCGAAACGAGUGGCGAUAACUUCGAAUUCGGAGCAUCCCGUUGCUCAUAUCUCGAGACAUAUCAGGGCAUGCACGACAUGUCGGAAGCACAAGAUUAAAUGCUUUAUGGACGAUGCUGGACCUCCAUGCCGAAGAUGCAAAGAGAAGAAGCUGAGCAAUUGCGCCGUUAGCAAGAACUUGCAAACCAUCAUCGAUGAAAAGACAGAGUUAUCUGAGGCCAUGCUAUCAGAUCUUGAUCAGGUAUACGCAGCAGUCAAGGAGAUGAGAAACAUAAUGGGCUUACCAGAAUUACCACCGUUACAAACAUCACGUAUGAACAAGCGAAAAGAUUCGUCAGUACCGCCACCACAAGAGCCAACCACCCAGCAACUAUUGGAAGACAACUAUGGCCCAUCGUGCGAUAACUCACCGAAACUCACGCCAGAAGACGAUAGACUGCCCCAUGCGCCUAUUCAUUCUCUCUACACUCUCACCAGGAUGAGAGCACUUCGAUCGCCUGGAAGUGGGAAUGAGAAUCCGAGUCAAGCCAUUAAUGAUUUCAUCUCUCAAGGACAAAUCUCUCUGGCCGACGCUGAGCGGCUGUUUUGUGUCUAUCGAGAUCGUUUGGACGGGUUUAUCUACUCCAUUGGAUGCCCCUACAAAACCCUCGAUCAGCUUCGUCGCAAAUCUUCUAUCCUCUGCGCGGCCACUCUUACCAUCGCAGCCCUUCACGAUCCAGCAGCAGAUAAAGUGUAUGGCAUUUGCAACUCUGAACUUCGUCGAUUGACCGAAAAGUCGAUGCUGCAACGACAAGGUGACAGAGAUUACUUCCGAGCUCUCAGUAUCGCCUCAUACUGGCUGAGCGAUCUGUCCUGGACAUUAUCAGGCCAUGCAAUCCGACGAGCUGCAGAAUGCAACAUCCACAACAGCUAUAGCCUAGCCAUCAAAGACCAAUCCGAAGAAGCCAUGGACUCUGCGCGAAUAUGGUCGAUACUCUAUAUCUGCGAUCAACAUCUCGCUAUUCUAUAUGAUAGACCGGCAAUCAUUCAGGACGACUGGCUUACGCAAGACUGGGAGGGUAUCCUGAACUGUCCUUUGGCUACGGACCAAGAUGAAAGACUCAUGAGUCAGGUUGAGCUGAUGGGUAUCUUGCGGAAUAUCCGGCGGUUAUUCGGUCCCGAUAAAGGAGAAGAGAUUCCCAGAUUGUAUCUCAGUCAGAUAGGACACUAUCAUCGGCAGCUUGAUCAGUGGAUUACCAAAUGGACUGACCGGCUCCCAGAGGGACAUCCCAACAUCGGAGCAUUUCCACGAAAAGGAGCUCUCUUUCACUUCCAUCUCGCCCAACUAUAUCUCUACUCACACGUCUUUCGUGGACAGUCCAACCAAAUACCCAGCCAUUUUCUCGACACGGCAUCCAUGGCAGUAACUUCCGCAUCGGCUAUCAUCGACAUCCUCCUCACUGAUCCUGAUCUCUCCACAAGCAUUGUCGGGAUACCAUCUUAUCUCCUUUCCAUGACAGCUUUCGCAGCCAUGUUCCUCGCCAAAGUAUCACAUAAAUAUGGGGAUAAUCUCUUCAGACGUGAUCAAGCUCUAGAUCAGAUCACACGACUAAUCAGCCAUUUCCGAUCUUUGUCUAUGGGCAAGUGGCAUUUGGCUAAUCUUAUGAUCAGAGGUUUGGAGACUGUGACAAGUCUUCUCACCUCGCAGGGAGUUCAAGACAAAGUCCAGAACGCCAUUUCAUCGAUGAUGCCCGGAAAUGAAACCAAUCAAGGUCUUGAAGAUGUUUAUAACACUAACCCUGAUAUGUUUACCGGUAUGGAUGGAACUACAAUACCUACGUGGGACACAACUUUUGGGCUGUCACCCAUCUUUGGCUUUGAUCCAUCAUUCCUUGAUGUGGAUGGGUAUAUGCAGUCAAUGGCUAUCUUUCCAAAUACCGAAGGAACAUGAGGGAGUAUCUAAAUUGAACAUGGUGGU